GUCCACUAUGACCUCCUGCAGUCCACCAUGACCUCCUGCAGUCCACCAUGACCUCCUGUAGUCCAGCAGGACUUCUGUAGUCUUGCUGGAUCAGAUUCUGGAUCUCCUCUCAUCAUGGUCCGCUGAUGGAGUUUGCGGAGCUCAUAAAGACGCCCCGGGUGGACGGGGUGGUUCUGCACCGGCCCUUCCUGCCCACCGUGGAGGGAACCCUGUGUCUGACGGGUCACCAUCUGAUCCUGUCGUCCCGGCAGGACAACACCGAGGAGCUGUGGCUGCUGCACUCCAACAUCGACUCCAUAGAGAAGAGAUUCGUCGGCUCUUUGGGAAGCAUCAUCAUGAAAUGUAAAGACCUGAGGGUGAUCCAGCUGGACAUCCCUGGAAUGGAGGAGUGUCUGAACAUCUGCAGCUCCAUAGAGGCUCUGUCCACGCUGGACUCGGUCUCUCUGAUGUACCCGUUCUUCUACCGGCCGAUGUUCGAGGUCAUCGAGGACGGAUGGAACUCGUUUCUUCCUCAAGAUGCUUUCAAGGACCUGGAGUCGAUGACCGAUGAGUGGAGGCUGAGUGACGUCAACAAGGACUUCAGCGUCUGUCCAUCCUAUCCUCCUCUGGUCGCCGUUCCUAAAGACGUGGACGACGACACGCUGAGGAAAGUCUCCACCUUCCGUCACGGAGGCCGCUUCCCGGUGCUGAGCUACUACCACAAGAAGAAUGGGAUGGUGAUGAUGCGAGCAGGACAGCCACUGACGGGAACCAACGGACGGCGGUGCAAAGAGGACGAGAAGCUGAUCAAUGCCACUCUACGACCGGGGAAACGAGGAUACAUCAUCGACACUCGGACCGUCAAUGUGGCUCAGCAGGCCAAAGCCCGAGGAGGAGGCUUUGAGUCGGAGGCCAACUACCCCCAGUGGAGGAGGAUCCAUAAGGCUUUAGAGAGGUCCAGCGUCCUCCAGGACAGUCUCAUCAAGCUGGUGGAGGCCUGUAACGACCAGAACCACAGCAUGGACCGCUGGCUCAGUAAGCUGGAGGCCUCCAGCUGGCAGACCCACGUCAAGGAGAUCCUCACCUCUGCCUGUCUGGCUGCUCAGUGCAUCGACAGGGAGGGAGCGUCGGUUCUGGUCCACGGUACCGAGGGGACCGACUCCACCCUGCAGGUCACCUCUCUGGCCCAGAUCAUCCUGGACCCGACCUGCAGGACCAUCAGAGGCUUCCAGGGCCUGGUGGAGAGGGAGUGGCUGCAGGCCGGUCAUCCCUUCCAGCAGAGAUGUUCUCAGUCUGCGUUCUCCAACUCCAAACCUCGUGUGGAGGCUCCGGUGUUCCUGCUGUUCCUGGACUGUGUCUGGCAGAUCCUCCGACAGUUUCCGUGUUCCUUUGAGUUCUGCGAGAGCUUCCUGGUUCUGCUGUUCGAACACGCCUACGCCUCCCAGUUCGGUACCUUUCUGGGGAACAGUGCAGCCGACAGGUCCAAACUGUCCCUCCCUGAGAAGACGGUGUCCCUGUGGUCGUGGGUGAAUCGUCCUCAGGAGCUGGAGCGUCUCACCAACCCUCUGUAUGAAGCCAACAGUCUGGUCAUCUGGCCCUCGGUGGCUCCUCAGAGUCUGCUGCUGUGGGAAGGAGUGUUCCUCCGCUGGAACCGUUCCUCCAAAUGUCUGGAUGAGGCCUACGAGGAGAUGGUCCACAUCAUCGAGUACAACAAGGAGCUCCAGAACAAAGUGAACAGUCUGAGGAGGCAGCUGGCCGAGCUGGAGACUGAAGAUCCUCUGCUGCAGGAGUCCUAGCACACAGGUUCCACUGGUUCCACUCAUUAGAACAUCUAAACGUCUAGUCUGUCUGCUCAUCAAGUCACCUGCUUUACAGAAUGUCACUGUUAGAGAUGUUUACUGGAGGAGCCAAUCAGCUGUUUGGUUCUAGAACGUGGGUCAGAGUUUCCUUCUUCCGUUCACUGAAACCAGAAAGUAUUCCCUGUAGGAGCUGAAAUCACAGAAUUUAGGACAGAUUUUAUUAAAAUGACUCAAAGCGACCGAUCACUACUGAAAAUAGUUGGAUAUUAAAUCAAUAAUCAAUCAAUGAGUGCAGAGCUGACAGUCUGAGGGAACAUCUGAAGCUCAUCAAUCAUCUGUAGUUCCAAAGGAACCAGAACCAUUUGUGGACACGCUGAGCUUCAGACGUUCCAUCGUUCCGUGGCGAGUCGAUGUUCUGCUGGACGUAUGGAAACGCUGUUGCCAUGACAACACCCAGGCAGCUGUAAGGCAGCAUGUGAGUGGCUGAGGUGAUGGCAUGAGUAGGAAGGUCAGAGACUAUAUAUAUUUACAUACGUGAUGCUCAGCACACGCAGGUCUGAACACGUGAGCAGAUUAUGUCAGAUCGAUGUUUAACAUUCCAGUUCUAUUAACGGAACCUCUUAGAACCGAAACAUCAGUAUUUAUUGAUUAAAUUAUUCUAGAGAGGGAGAUGCGGUCCAGUUGCUGUUUCCAUGACGACAUCCUGAUCGUCACGUUACAGUUAGAACAUGUAAAAUGUCAGAUUCACCAUGAGAACUGAAGCACUUUGUGUGGAACGUUUCUUUAUGUGUAAAUAGAAGAAAAACACUUUUCAGUCCAAGUUUUGUACUUUCAGGUGGAUUUAUUUGUCAGCAUUCUGCAGCUGUCAGACGAUAAACGUGUUUAAAUCUAUUCAGUGUAGGGCUGGCCCAAACACUGGUUUCUGGCCUCCGAGUAUUCGGGCCCUGUUAAAGACGAAUAUCCGAAUAUUCGUUCUGCCCCGUAACGUCCGACGGGGGAGGGGGGGCUUGUGACACAGACGGCCCGAAAAUUCGGAUCCUUUUUCCAUUUUUAGAAAGUUCUGGCCCACAUUUCCUGAUGACAGAUUGAACCCAGUGUGAACCGACCUUCGUUGCCUUCGUUCUGUCUUCAGCAUCUUGUCUUGUGUUUAUGCAACGAAGUGAAGCAACGAAGUGAAGCGUGACGUCAGAGUCGGCAGCCACCCGGACAUUCAGGUGGUAAGAAACAGGAAUGGAGGAGCAGAGAUGAGCCGAAGAACACGACAGGAUGAGCCGAAAUGGACCGAAUGGGAAGGGAAGAGACGAGCUCUGAAUAUUUUCGUCUGGGGGGAGGAGGGGGUGAUCACAUAGACAUAUGUGUAUAUGUUUAUGUGAUCACAGGACGGGAUGAGCCGAUGUGGGCAGAAGGAGGGAAGACAGUAACGCUGCACAUUCUUUCCUCCCGGUGACGUCCGACGGGGGGUGGGGGGGCGAAUAUUCAGAUACCAAAUUAAUAUCCGGAUAUUCGGGUCCAGCCCUAAUUCAGUGUUCACAAGCGAGACUGAAAGGACACAAAGCGACAAAAACACGAGACAAACGACAAAAACAAAGCAAAAUAUUACAAAACUUUCUGAUCCAAACAACUUGUCAUGGUCUAGAAAUGAUUUUAAAUUUAUAGUUUUACUAAUUUACAAUCUGCAGUUAAUGUCUUCUCUGUAAUUUCUACACUCUGAGGGCCGGACUGGACCCUCUGGAGGACCACUUUUGGACCACGGGCCUCAUGUUGGACCCUCUGGUCUAAAUGUUCUGUUUGUUCCAGCAGAACCCUGGGUCGGUUACGUUGGCUUCUUGAGCAGUGAUUUUCUCGUCAUGUGGUCGGACGUUUCAAACCUCUGGCUGCUCCGUCGUCACCGUGGAGACGCUAAAACUCGACCGUUUGGACCUUCAGCAGCUCCACGGAACAGAAACACUGUCAGCCUGCUGCAGCUUUGUUCUGUCUGUAAGACGUUUAGCGGUACGAUCACAACCUUCACUAGAACUCCUCACACCCCUGUAGGCUCCUGCAGCUCUGUGACUCCCUGAAGUCCUGCUGUAAGAACAUCUGUAGAAUAGAAAAACAUAAAAGCGCUCCACCAGGUCUCACAAUGUCACAAAUAAAUGUGUAACAAUAAUAAUAAUACAUUUUAUUUAAGGCGCCUUUCAAGGAUGCUUUACAAAGGAAUUAAAAGCAACAAUAAUUAAAAACUACACAAUAAAAGUAAUGUUCAUAACAACUUGUCCAAAGUGAGCCUCAGUUUGUCCCUGAGAUGACUCAGACUUUAAAUGUGUCAUUUAGAGCUCAGCAGGUCUUUGUGUUGAUGCUGAAGGAACCUCUGAGCUGCUUCUAGCUCAGAAUAAACCCGUUUCACUUUGUCUGCCAGUAAAGUUCACUUCUCUGCUCGUUUCAGCUUCAUUCUUUAUUAAAGACACUAAAGCUUCUCUCCUGCAUUAACAACAACUUUAUAUUUCCUGUGAACACUGAAUGUCUUUACCUGUAAUUAAACACAUUUAUUCUGCUUAAGUGGUUGUUGCCAUGGCAGCUGUUGUACCAAUCAGCUUUGUGCGAUGCCUCACUGUCCAAUCAGAGCGCAGAAUGAACACCUGAUCAGCUUGUUCAAUGUGUCGCCUUUAAAAUGUUCUAAGACAUUAAAAUAACGCACCAACGUGGAA